AUGGUUGCAUUCUCGCCCAUUGAAGACUAUUCAAAUUUUGAUAAACCAAUCAAUAUUAUUACACCUAAUUCAAUGCAUUUUUCAAAAGAGUUGAAGAAUAUUUCGGUGCCCAACAAGAGGACAAUACCCAUUUGUAUAACUGCUGCUGUAUAUAGAAUAUCUGCGGGGAAUUCCAUCUCAUCUUCGUUCAACAGACAUCCUCACUCGGACUAUUUACCUAUCGAUCAUUUUUGGACAAGCAAUUCUCCAUGGGACACAUAUCGACAUCUUUUUGUAAUGAAAAAAACCGACGAAUAUCUUUCGAGUAGUUGUUCUUCUACGACAUCCAGUUCAGCUUCAUCUUCCACAUGCUCCUCUUCCCGGUCAGAAUCUCCCGAACCGUCCUCUUGUGCUGCCACUGUAUCCACUUUAAAUAAUGUGAGUAGCAGCAACGAUAUUGACGACGACAGCAGCACCGCUAAUAAAAAGCAUCAUCAUCAUCACCAUCACCAUCAUACGAAACGCUCUUGCCACAUGCUGCUUCGUGAAAUUCGACGUUUAAGGGGUGAGAAUCAUUCCUUACGCACCAGUGUUUCGGUCUUACAGAACGAUCUUCGUGAUAUCAAUUUAUCCCGUCAAUACACAGAUGCCUCUCAUAAGAAAUUUUAUGAUGAAUAUAUCGAUAAGAAUACCCAACUGGAAAUUGAUAUCAUGGAUCGAGAUGAUGAGAUCAAGGAACUGAAAAAAGAAAUUGCUAGAUUGAAAGCAGUCAUAGCUAAACAACAACAACAACAACAGCAACAGAAAAAUGAGACUCCAGAAACCUCCUCGACAUCGUUCCUCUCCGUACUAUCCGAGGCGAUCCCAUCUACAACGAAUGAUGCAAGCCGUAAAGAGUCCAUAAGUAAUGACUUUGCAUGUUUUGACUAUUUCGAAAAAGAAGCCGCAAACGAUGAUAUGUCAUGCCAGCCAGUAGCCGCUGCAUACGAUUCGAUUAUACCAGAUAUGAUUGUUGAUGCUACUGCGAGUCAAAGUGAGAAGGAUGAGCAGGAAGAAAUCAAUGCUUAUUUCCGGAGACGAAUGAUGGAUAUGCAGAAUGAGGAUAAUUCUGACGAUGACGGUGAAAAUAAUGAUGCCUGUACGAAUCCUACUCUCCAUCAUGAUGACAUUGAUGCCGAUGCUGAUGACGAUGAUGAUGUAGAGGAUGAAGAAGAGCAUGAUACUGUACUAGAACCUUUCGAAACAGUAGCCCCCUCCUAUAUACACCAAGCCCUUCUUUCUAAACUAUCUAGCACUCGUGUUCGCCUUGAAAUUGAUGAAUUGAUUUUGAAAUACGAACCCACUGCCGACAUGAUCACUCAAGUAUUAGCCAUUUCUUUUGUUCAGUGGUUGCACGCUCUUCUGUCGAAAAACGUUGAUAUAAAUGCUACCCCACCUGUCACACCAGCUAAAGUCUUCAGUACCAAGAUCCAAAAUGGGAUUGCUGGAUUUUGGCAGUCCAUAUUACAGCUUUAUACAUCUGAAGAGGAAAGCCAACUUCUCUUUUUGAAUCACCUUGACAACGCAGUGAACGGUAAACUGACCAUUGUGGAAAACUUUGAUCGGUUGGUCUUUAUGCUAUACAAAUAUAAUGUGAUUGACGAUGAUGCUGCAUUGGAUUGGUGGCACCAUCCUUCCGAUAAUGAUACUUCAAUGAAAAUUCGUCAAGUGACACAUAAAUUUGCUGAAUGGCUAGAGGAAGAGGAUGAAGAGGUUGAAGAUGAUCAUCAUCAUCAUCAUUGCGGACAUGACGACGGAUGUUAUAGCGACAGUGACAUAGAAACGGACAAAGUCAUUACACAAAAUAACACUAAACUCAAUAACAGCAGUGGCAAUAAAGAACAGAAUGGUGAUCUAUAUGAUUCCUACGUUGAAAGCGAUGAAGAUGACUCUGUGGUUGAGUACCAACAAUACUGUAACAUGGAUGAAUUACAUGACGAAGAUUUAGAAGAAGAACAUUUUAGCUUUGAUGAAACAUUCUCGGACGAAGAACAAGAGGAACCCGUUGUGGAAAAAAAGAAGAAAACUGUGAGGAUUUGUGUAUGA